UGGGGCUAUGGCAGCUGCUCGGGACCCUCCGGAAGUAUCGCUGAGAGAAGCCACCCAGCGAAAAUUGCUGAAGUUUUCCGAGCUGAGAGGUAUCAGAGAAGAAACCUGAGUUCUCCCGGGCAAUGGAGAGGGAGGGCAAAGUGGUAGCACCUGGAGAAUUCUGGGAUAUAGUUGCAAUAACAGCAGCUGAUGAAAAACAGGAACUUGCUUACAAUCAACAGCUGUCUAAAAAGCUGAAAAGAAAGGAGUUACCCCUUGGAGUUCAAUAUCACGUUUUUGUAGAUCCUGCUGGAGCCAAAAUUGGAAAUGGAGGAUCAACACUUUGUGCCCUUCAAUGUUUGGAAAAGCUAUAUAGAGAUAAAUGGAAUUCUUUUACCAUCCUAUUAAUUCACUCUGGUGGCUACAGUCAACGUCUUCCAAAUGCAAGUGCUCUGGGAAAAAUUUUCACUGCUUUACCUCUUGGUAACCCAGUUUAUCAAAUGCUAGAAUUAAAACUAGCCAUGUACAUUGAUUUCCCCUCACAUAUGAGUCCUGGAAUUCUAGUUACCUGUGCAGAUGAUAUUGAACUGUAUAGUAUUGGAGAAUUUGAGUUUAUUAGAUUUGACAAACCUGGCUUUACUGCUUUAGCUCAUCCUUCUAGUUUGACAAUAGGUACCACACAUGGAGUAUUUGUCUUAGAGCCUUUUGAUGAUUUAAAACACAGAGACCUUGAAUACAGGUCUUGCCAUCGUUUCCUUCAUAAGCCCAGCAUAGAAAAGAUGUAUCAGUUUAAUGCUGUGUGUAGAUCUGGACAUUUUUGUCAACAGGACUUUGCUGGGGGUGACAUUGCCAAUCUUAAAUUAGACUCUGACUGUGUCUAUACAGAUAGCCUAUUUUAUAUGGAUCAUAAAUCAGCAAAAAUGUUACUUGCUUUUUAUGAAGAAAUAGGCACACUGGGCUGUGAAAUAGAUGCCUAUGGUGACUUUCUACAGGCUUUGGGACCUGGAGCAACUGUGGAGUACACCAGAAAUACAUCAAAUGUCAUUAAAGAAGAGUCAGAGUUGGUAGAAAUGAGGCAGAGAAUAUUUCAUCUUCUUAAAGGAACAUCACUAAAUGUUGUUGUUCUUAAUAACUCCAAAUUUUAUCACAUUGGAACAACUGAAGAAUAUUUGUUUUACUUUACCUCCGAUAACAGUUUAAAGUCGGAACUUGGCUUACAGUCCAUAACUUUUAGUAUCUUUCCAGACACACCAAAAUGCUCUGGCAAAACAUUCUGUAUCAUUCAAAGCAUACUGGAUUCAACAUGUUCUGUGGCACCUGGCUCAGUUGUGGAGUAUUCCAGAUUGGGGCCUGACGUUUCAGUUGGGGAGAACUGCAUUAUUAGUGGUUCCCACAUCAUAACAAAAGCUCCCCUGCCUGCAUAUUCUUUUGUGUGUUCCUUAAGCUUGAAGAUGAAUAGAUGCUUAAAGUAUUCCACUAUGGCAUUUGGAGUGCAAGACAACUUGAAAAAGAGUGUGAAAACAUUGUCAGAUAUAAAGUUUCUUCAAUUCUUUGGAGUCUGUUUUCUGUCAUGCUUAGAUGUUUGGAAUCUUAAAGUUACAGAGGAACUGUUCUCUGGUAAUAAGACGUGUCUGAGUUUGUGGACUGCACGCAUUUUCCCAGUUUGUUCUUCUUUGAGUGAUUCAGUUACAGCAUCCCUACGGAUGUUAAAUGCUGUUAAGAAUAAGUCAGCAUUCAGCCUGAAUAGCUAUAGGUUGUUGUCCAUUGAAGAAAUGCUUAUCUACAAAGACGUAGAAGAUAUGAUAACUUACAGGGAGCAGAUUUUUCUAGAAGUCAGUUUAAAAAGCAAUUUGAUUUAGAGAUUUUUAAACAUUGUACACUUUGCCUUUUUGAGUAACAUUCCAGAGAUGGUAUUUUCUGUAGGCUGUUUGUUUCACUGAACUUAAUUAAUGAAAAUUGUCUUAACAUAAUUGCUAUAGAUAAUGUCAAUAGCACAAAAGUACAUAUAAAUCAUAUUUAAUGAAGACUCUUUCAAGACUAAGUUGAGAAAAGUGAUACUUUUUUGGAUGUAUAUCACUGUUUUAGUUUUUAAUAAUGAUGGAUUUAUGGAGCAUUGUUUUUUCACAUAAUUAGUAUAAAAGGUAAUUUUCUAAGAAUACCUUGGGAGAAUUUUUCCAUCUUUUUUGAGGCUUUUGAUCCAAUAAAGUUAUAAGUAUUCAUUGGCAAUUCUCUCCUCAACUGUAAUUCUAUUUUGACUAAUAAAAAUGGCCUACUAUAGGGUCUCCCGAGUACUGUAGGAAUACAGUAAAAAUGCUUUGUCAGAAACAAAUCCAUAGCUGACAAAUUCAUUCAGUGCCCAAUAUAUUGUGAUUAUUUUAGUUGAUAAAUAGCUAGAUACAGAGACCUCUGAAAUUGAUGAUAAAAUUUGUAUCUCAUUGAUUUUAUUAAAAUGAAACUAAAAGUACACAUGUAUGAUACCCUUGAACAUGUGUUUGUGUAUCUUUAAAAUUUUCCCUUAUGUUCCAUUCCAUAGCAAAACACACUCAUAUGCACACAAAACUCAGUUUAUCUGUGGGGAAAGUGGUAGUAAUAGUUGAGAUUCAUGAAUAAUCAUAUAAUUUCACUAUGGACAUUACUUUCAUUAUCUUCUAUCAGUGCUUCUAACAAAAUUUAAAUUACCAAAUGAACUGACUUUACUUUUCAUCUUGUUUUUUAUCCACACACUGGUGUUGCUGAGAAGCAAACAAUUGGCCCAAAUGCAGACAUCAAGACUCAGGCAGAAAAAUGGAAAAACUGAGAUAAUGCACAGAUGAUAAACACUUCCAAGAAAAUAAAAAUUGGCUGAAAUCUCAAGUUAUAUGUUUCUAUAUUGGUAUAAGCACAUAAGUGAAAAGUCUUCAUACUGAAGUGUAAUAAAGAUUUGUCAGCGUGUUUUUUUAAUGAAAUAACUAGUCUGUGCUACUUUUAUUUGUAUGUUAACAUGUCAGUAUAAAAAUUGCCAAACUAGAACUAACUUGUCUAUUACCUUCAGUUAUGAUACUUGUGUGGAUUUUUUUUUUUUCAAGGUUUUUCCCAAGGAGAAGAUACAAAGAUAUGGUAGCUAUUGUUUAUAAAUAAUUGAUUUACUUGCAGAUUUUUCAGAGGAUGUUAUGUGUUUGGCAUUCAUUAAAUGUUCAAAAUUUUAGUUUUACCAAAUCUGAAGUGCCACCAGUUAAAAGAAUCACAGUAUUUUAUGUUCCAUUAAGCAAAACACAAUAAAAUAUGACAUAAUACUUUCUUUGUUACUUGAAAUUUUCAUAUUUAUAUGAGAUCUCUUUUAGAUGUUUUAAAUAUAUUUUAUUUAACCCUCUUGCAUAUACAUAUAAAAUAACAAAAAUGAAAUAUUGAGAUAUCAUAAAAACAUUUCUACAGCUUCACAUUCAAACUGUCCUGCAGCACUUUCAACUCAGAGUUAAUGAUACGCAUAUGUCCGUCUAGUACCAUCUUCUGUGCUUUCAGAGCUACCGGUAAGGCUGCAUUUCCUGAGUGCUCUAACACUACUGUCUGAAUUAUUUUUUUACCAAGCCCACACUCCUGCAAGUUUUGAUACUCUUCUAUUUGACAAAACUCAGUUUUACUUUUGCUUCAGUGUAAUCAUAGGUCCUUCGAACAUAGGACCUGUGAUUCUAUUCAAAGUCAGAAAGAUUUCUGACAAAUUGAUGUUAAUGUGAAAAUUAACGUGUUAAUAUGAAAAUUAUUGUUUGGUAUACCCGAAGUGACCUGUCUGAAGCCCUCAAUUAUGGUAUUUGUGUGUUUAUUUUUUUUUCUUUUUCAAGGUUCUUUUUAGAGAAAAUAUAUGGUAGCUGUUGUUUAACAUUUACUUAUAGAGCUUUCAGAGGAUGUUACAUGUUUACUAAUUGCUCAAUACUGUGUUUUGCCUAAUCUGAAUUUUAAUCAUAAUCUUGCACAAUGCAUGGAUUCUAGUUGCUUUGAAAUGGUUCUGUUCAAAGAACUUAUGAAUGUCUCUUGCUUUGAGAUGUAUUGCUUGGUGUGUAGUAGCACAAAUGUACCACAAAUAGCGUACCUUAUUCAACUGAAGUGGCAGUCAUAUACACAGAUAUGACCAAGUUCACAUGUGAGCAAGUACAACUCCAUGACUAUUAUGCCAGGCUAAUAGCUAUUACACUAAUAUUUGUAAGGCAUAUUCCAUUUUCUGGCAUGUCGAAAUGUGGAGAAAAAAAGAUGAAUUAGGAAAUGAUUCUAACCUAAGUGUGUAUUUUAAUAAAAGGACCUAGGCAAAAAAAAAAAAGUAAGUCACUCUUAAAUGUAAUCCCUGAAUGUAGUGUACAUGAUGAUAGGGGAGAAGUGUAUUUUUGAUAAGAAGUGACUAAAUUUUGUGACAAUCUUUAUUUUUCAGGCUUUUCACUUAGUCUGUAUCAGCAAUAAAAAAAUAAGACCUGCAUUUAUAAGUUUGAAAAUAAACAUUUUGUCUCCCUUUAUAAUUUUCAUUUUUAUAAAAUCAUGGCACUUACAUAUACUCAGGUGUGUAAAAGCCUACUAUUGUUUGUAGCUGUAAUCCAUAAACUUAUUGAUGUUAAUUACCAACAACAAGAGCAUGAGAAAAAUUGAACAAUAAUAAUCUUUUACCUUAGACAUUUAUUCUCUAAGCAAAACAGAAAUAAAGGAUAUGUAUCAGUGUGUACUCAGUUGAAAUAAAGCUUUGAAAAUCCAAAUGAUAUUUUAAAAUUGUUCAAAAGUUUGAUGGCAUGAAUCCAGGAUUAAUUCCCACAACCUGUGAUGAUCUAGUCAUCUUCUGUAGCUACAAGUACUAGUGUUAAGGUUACCAAAUUUAGCAAUGAAGCCAAAAUCAUAACCGCCUGCUGUCACAUACAGCUUUUAAGUAAACUACACAAAAUCAGAGUUUCCGUUUACAUGCUCCAUGAUGCCAUCUGGACUUGAGCACCUUGGAGGCUCAAGAUUAAGGCACCUCAAUAUAGCCUGGCAGAAUUACAAUGGAGAGAAGUGAAAACUGUCAUUAGUAGCUAAAACCAGCUGAAGGAUUUCAGAUGCUCUUUUUCUUGUUCAUCUAAAUCAAGUCUUCAUCUGUGUUAAGAACUAAAUUGUUAAAGACCUUUUUAAUUUGUUUAGUGCAAGAAAAAUAAUAACCAUUAUCUACUUAGUUAACAUGAGUGUUCUGUGCCUCUAAAAUUUUGUUUAAACAAAGACUGUUUCGAUUGAGGUUAAGGAACACAACUUCUGAUACUUACUAAAAUUGUAUUAUUAACAUUUCUUGCAUUGAACUUUGUCAUAUUUCUCUUCUUCUAAUACUAGUGUGCCAAAUUCUGUAACAUAAUAGUGUUCUUCAUGCUCCUAUUUAUCUGUAUAUACAGAAACUUCUGCUUAGGUUUUUUUUUAUACAUAAUGAAAGGCUAGUUACACCAGUUGACUGAAAAAUAUCAGUUCUGUCCCUGGAAGAGCUGUCUACAUGAGCCACAACAAACCGAACUUGCAACAUCAUUCAAACUUGCCAAUUUGGCUGUAGUUUAGUGGACGACAACUUUGGGUCAGGUUAAUUUUUGGAGAAAUGGAAUAAUAAAAGUUGCUGAUUUUCAUACUGUAUUGGAAGUAGGCAUAUCAGCAGCUUUGGGGGAUUGGAGGUGUGGAGGGAAGAUGCCUGCAAAUGAGUCACUAUUAUCAACUAUCUGCAAAGCAGCUAGAUGAUUGACACUUAUGUCUAAAGAUGUUCAUCCCAAAAGCGUUAUUGUUCAUACAAGUAACUGAUUGAAACUAACAGAGUUAAUGUGUUAUUUUGGGCUGCUUGGACAAAUAGUCUGUCUUUUUGAAGCCUCUGGCUGCAGGGAUCUCUUAGCCAUCGCACAAAUAAAUUUCAACCAUUCAGACAGA